GCUAGCGGAGACAGACUUCGAGGACGUGUUACGAGCAGACCGCGAGCAAUGGCACAGCAGGGGAAGAAGGCGACGGAGAUGCAGGACCCGGAGAUCAGGGCAGAGCAGGUGAAGAAGGCGCCGGAGCUGCAGGACUCGGAGACCCGGACACAGCAGGUGAAGAAGGCGCCGGAGCUGCAGGACCCGGAGAUCCGGGCAGAGCUGGACCGCCGCGCCCGCGAGGAGGGCGAGACCGUCAUCAAGAGCGGCGCCGGCGGCAAGACCCUCGAGGCGCAGGAGCGCCUGGCAGAAGGGCGUAAGAAGGGCGGGCUGAGCCGUGCGACUGGCUCCGGCAACGAGCGCGCCGAGGACGAGGGCGGGGUGGUGAUCGAGCCGGACGAGAAGAAGCUCGAGGAGGUCAAGAAGGAUCUCGGGCGCGAAUGAUCGAGCGUGGUAGACGAUGUACGGCCUCACAGUCCGGUCCUCCUAUAUAUCGUACGUGUGUAUGAAGGAUGUAGUGCUAUGGAUGUACGCAGUAGCAGGCUAGGUUGAAGGAUGUAGCGUACGUAGUAGCGUUGAUGCACGUCUUCGUGUUCGCACGGACAUGCGCGGUACGUAUGGCUGGCUACAAAAUUUUGGUCCCGGGAUUGUAUAUAUGUAGCUCGAUCGUAAUCUAUGUACCCUGGCUACAAAAUUUUGGCAUGUAUGUACGUAGCCGUAGCCCCUCUAUAUAUGUAGCUCCAUCGUAAAUCUAUGUACCCUGGCUGCAAAAUUUUGGCAUGUAUGUACGUUCUGUAGCCAAUGAUCCCUGGAUAUAUGAGUUGAUAAAUAGUGGCCG